AUGAAUAUCCCUAGAAAAGGCCAGGAUGGCAUACACAACGCAGAUCGCAGGGCGAGGGAACUAUAUCGCUACUAUCAGCCUGCUUCCCAAGAGCCGGUUCCGUCUUGGCUUCCGAACGAUGGAUUUCCUUUUUCUGCAAUUUCAGGCAAUACAAUCACUCCACCGAUCUCCGAAGGCUCGAUGCCUUCGCACGGUAGUGCAGGUUCCCGACCAGCGACCGCAAUUGGCUCAGAAGCUCUCGUCCUAGGCACCUCCAACAGUACCAUGACGUCAUUUGCUCAAUUGGCGGCCUUACGAUUAAAUGUUGAACGCGUGCUUAUAUGUGUGUUGGAUCAUGACACACAACACAUCAUUGCCGAAUCUACAAAAUCUCUCAAUUUGAACAAUCCGUCAAUUCACGAUGACAACGAUAAUGUCUGGUUGGGAGCACCCGACACCCGCAAAACAUGGAGUGUGUGUAAGGACACUGUUUCAUUGCCCCCCAACGACCGUGAGAAUGCAGACUACCAAUUUCUGGUUGUGAACGACAUGAGCGAAAAUUAUCGCUACAAAGACCUUUCCUUCGUUGAGAAGGACCCCAAUUUCCGCUUUUUCGCGGGAACACCCUUGACAACCGAAAAGAACAUCAAUUUGGGUUGUUUUUUCGUGUUGGACAAAAAACCUAGAGAUGGUUUGACACCGCUAGAGAAAGAUGUGCUGGGAUCUCUAUCGACGCUCGUGGUGGACUACUUGAAGGUUUGCAGACAGGCUUCCGAAGGACGCCGGGCCGCGCGCCUUUCCCGCGGGCUCAGCUAUUUCGUUGAAGGAAGUUCUAGUUUCGUGGAUAGUAUCGACCGGUCGCGCACGAACAGCGUCCGUAUUCCGUCAACAACUCCGCCAUCUUCAUACAAUCGACUGAGUGCCUCUGGUGACUCCCAUGGUUCCCGUCGAAAUCGCUCAGUAAACGCAUCGCAAGCGGCAUCCAAUAGUCCACCGAGUGGUCGAUCACUCAGUACCGACGCGUGUUCCUUCAGCUCUGUCCCGUCCGAUCUAAAAUUGGACUACGAUUCAAAAAUGGGCAGUAGCUCAAGAUUGGACAGUGGUGGUUCAAAAUUAGACAGCGGCUCGAAAGUAGAAUCGGGUACUGUAGAGAGCUCUCUGCCAGAAUGGCUGACAAGCAGUAGCCGAAAUCGACUACCACCCGAUGAUUCGCAAGGCAACUCUUGGUGCUUCCGCAGGGCGGCCAACUUACUUCGUGAGAGUCUUGAGCUGAAUGGCGACAGUGGCGUCAUUUUCCUGGAGACUAACAAUAACCCGUUGAUGGAUGCCGAUAUGGGGAGUGAUUGUUCCGACACAGGCGGGCCUGCAUCUGUUCUGUCAGCUUCCACAAAUGACGAACCAUUUGCUCCUCAGGCAGGUUCGAUGGCCACAUGCGCCGCGGCCAACUUGGACCGAUCCUUCCUGCAAUUGCUGCUUCGACGCUACCCCAAAGGAAAGCUAUGGUCUUUCCAUCGCGAUGGACUCAUCUCAACAUCAGAUGAUGACGACCAAGAACCCCAAGACAAGGCCCCUCUUGGCACCAGUGUCACUAGUCGAUCGCCACCCAAUGGCGCACAGACUUCUAAACCCGCGCGAAAACGGCGAAAAGCUGCGGAGAAUUUAGUACUCAACAAGUAUUUCCCAAAUGCUGCGCAAAUUAUGUUUGUGCCUUUGUGGAAUGCUGUUUCUUCGCAAUGGUUUGGAGGGUGCUUCUGCUGGAGCACAAUUGAGACGCAGGUGUUUACCACCUCAGUUGAGCUCAGUUCAGUGCUUGGGUUUUCAUCGUCCAUCAUGGCCGAAUAUAGCCGCGUUGAAUCUCUCAUCGCGGAUCGCCAGAAGGGUGAUUUCAUUGGUAGUAUCUCACAUGAACUCCGUAGCCCCCUUCAUGGCAUUUUGGCCGCUGCCGAGUUUUUGAACAGCACGCAUCUCAAUGAAUUCCAGGACUCAUUGCUUGAGACUGUCAAUUCCUGUGGCCGGACAUUGCUGGACACAAUGAACCAGGUACUAGACUUCAGCAAAGUAGUAUCUUUGGAACGCACAUGGCGGUCAAUGAAACGCAAAAAAGAGUCACCGCUCGACUACAAAGGAUCAGACAAGCUGGCACAUCACCUGGAUACGUUGGUGGCUACUGAUGUCGCAAUUCUCGCCGAGGAAGUUGUCGAAGGCAUCUGUCUUGGCCAUGUGUACGGCCAGAGCUCUACAGCUUCAGCCGAUCUGCCUGUAUUGAUGCCACAUCAAACAAAAUCGCAGAAUCAGCGCUCCAAUGUCGAAGUUGUUAUCGACGUUUCGUUCCAGGAUUGGGUUUAUCGGACUCAGCCAGGCGCUUUGCGGCGCAUCAUUAUGAAUGUUUUUGGAAAUGCUAUGAAAUAUACAGAAUCUGGCCGUGUCACUUUAUCCCUGGCAGCAUCUAGUCAAUCCGAAGGAAGAUCUCGGCGUCAAGGCCUUGAAGACUUGGUCACGUUGACAGUAACCGACACGGGUAAAGGUAUAUCGGAAGAGUUUUUGCGCGGCAAGCUUUACACGCCCUUCGCCCAGGAAGACGCUCUGGCUGUGGGUACUGGACUGGGAUUGUCAAUCGUUCGCAGUUUGGUUAAGGCUCUGAAUGGAAACAUUCGAAUUCGCAGUCGUCCUGGGGAGGGUACUGUCGUACGGGUAUCCGUCCCCCUCGAACGGCCUGUGGGCAAGGAAAGCCCGGUAAUCGAACCAUCUGGACAGCUCAUCCAACAGAGAGAGACCUUGACCCAAACUCUUUUACUACGCGAGGGAUACCCUGGUAAACGAGUCUCCAUCUGGGGCGCUAACCCAACCGACGUGACUGCCGACUCUAACUGGUCUGAAAUUGCUCGAUACCUUUCAGACUGGUAUGAUAUGGAGAUCGUUGCGUGGACACCAGACGCACAGGUUGAUCUUGUGCUUAUGGAUGAGACUGAUUUACCCGACUUCCGCACCAUUGCACCCUCAGCCACUUUGCCUGCUCUUCUCGUCCUAUGCCACAAGUCGGUAGAUUACACCAUAGCGAAAUCCGAGUGGUUACCUCUUGCUUCCUCCGUGAACAUCAUCCGACGUCCCUGUGGACCACAUAAAUUAGCCCGAAGCGUAAUGAGGUGCCUGACCCACAGCCGAUCGAGAUCCGCGACACCGGCUUCCGCUCUGCAACCACAUAAUCUACCGCUCAGGACCUCCUCAUUGCCAUCCUCACCUGCUUCAUCUUUCAUACCCUCCCGUGAUAUCCCUAGUGGCCCAGAUCUGGACUGUUACGGAGUCCGCCCCAUGACGAUAUCACCACUGCAACAACCAUCGCCUAUCACCGCAUUGCCCGAAGAGAUUUCAGAAGCACCUUUACCAGCACCACUGGUUGAGGGCAUAGCCACCUCCGCGCGACUGGCACGAGUACUUGUUGUUGAUGACAAUCAAAUAAACCUCAACCUGAUGAUGACAUUCCUCAAAAAGCGCCAGCUGACUGAGCUGGACGCUGCUGAGAAUGGAAAACUGGCUGUUGAGGCAGUCGAGCGCAUGCAGAGUGGUUAUGAUAUCAUCUUCAUGGACAUGUCAAUGCCUGUCAUGAAUGGUUUCGAGGCCACUCGUGCUAUACGCUCGCUGGAGAAGGAUACGGAUGGCCGCACUCCGGCUAUCAUCAUUGCCUUGACUGGACUCAGCAGCUCUCGCGAUGAGUCGGAUGCUAUGGCGUCUGGUGUCGACUUAUUCCUCACCAAACCGGUCUCUUUUAGAGAAGUAUCGCGGCUACUAGGCGAAUGGGAAAGGGAUCAGAUGGUAACAGAACGGAAGUUGGCUUGUUGA